AUGGAGGAGAAGGCGUUCGGUGGCCCAAGCUUAAGGGCAAAUGCCACGAAGCAAGCACGGACGCAGAAGAACCAAGAGGUUUGCGGUGCCCAAAUAGAGCAUAUCCCGGAGGAAUGCUUGGCGAACGCCAUCAGCCUAUCAUCUCCGGCCGACGCCUGCCGCGCCGCCGCAGUAUGCACUGCUUUCCGGUUGGCAGCAGACUCGGACGCCGUGUGGGAGCGCUUCUUGCCGCCAGACUACAAUGCUUUCCUUGACCGUGCCGUCCACGCCGUGGAUUUCAACUCGAAGAAAGAGCUGUUUCUUGACCUCUGCCAAGAGCACAUCCUGCUUGAUGAUGGGAGAAUAAGCUUUGGGCUCCAUAGAUCGAAUGGCGCCAAGUGCUACAUGUUGUCCGUGAGAGAGCUCGGAAUUGCUUGGUUUGGAACAACGCUUUAUUGGAGAGAAAGGCAGGAUCCAGAAUCAAGGUUCCCCACUAUUGCUGAGCUUCUGCGUGUCUGCUGGUUCAACAUCGAAGUCUACAUCGUCAACAUGUUCUCUCCCAAUACCCACUACGCGGCCUACCUCGUCUACAAGCUGACUCAUAACGCGUCCGGCCUCAGCUCUCCACGGCAGAAAUCGUAUGCCAACGUUAACGGGCAACUGGUGGGGAGCAUCCACAGGGUGUCCCUCCAUCCCUGCAACCGCAGGUCCUGUGUCGACAAUAUGACUACUGGUGCAGACCUGCACGAGCACGAGGAGGAAGAAGCUGGCGGGUGCGUCGUGAGGUACCCGCGGACACGGAUGGACGACGAUUGGAUGGAGCUGGAGUUGUGCGACUUCUACAUAGACGAGGCCCUGGCUAUAGGGGUUCAAAUUAUACUGCAGGAGUUGGAGGAACUGCAGUGGAAGAGUGGGCUCAUCGUUGAAGGAAUCGAGCUAAGGCCUAAAAGUUAACGGGAUCAAUCUCCAAAUCUCUAUAUGUAAUUGUCUUCAAAGAUACUUUGUAUUUUCGAAUAAGAUCAGACUGUAAUGU